AUGUCAAAGCACCACGAAAAGCGUUGGACAUCUUGGUUCAAAGCAAACCAGCGUGAGGAGUCUCCCACACAACUUACCGCCAUCGCACUCGCGAAACUUCCCCCAGAGCUGCUCCGGAUGAUAUUCUAUCAUCUAGCGCUGGACCUGUUCUAUACGAGCGCUACACAGUCAGAACCAGCUCGACCUGUGUCUCUUGGAUGGGCAGUCGUCACCCACGUCUGUCGGUACUGGCGAGAUGUGGCCCUCGCAGACGCUCGUCUCUGGGGUUACGGUAUUUUCCACAACCGUAGAUGGGCAGACGAGAGCACCCUCCGCUCUAGGGACGCACCAUUAUAUAUACGCACUCCCUCCAACCCCUUCUUGAACUCUCCAGAUGCAGUUCGCCUUCGCGAAGCCUAUAUGGCUAAUCCUCGUGUUCUGCUGGACUUCGCUCAUGACCCUGUAGAACUGGAAGUGCUGGAAGUGGGUCCACCUUCUGUGUAUGACGGGUCGAACCUGUUCAUCACAUUCACUUUCGGGCUCAAAUUUCGGUACAGUUCUUUCGCUUACCCCUUCUGCGCCGCGCCGAGCCUAAGGCGGCUACGACUGUGUCAUCGAGAGUUUUUCUGGGACGUGAUUGCGUCUUCAAACCUUACUUUUCUUCAUAUCGAACUUCCCCGGUCUUUCCACGAUGUAAUGAAUACACGCGCCGAAGCUCUCUCAGCUUUAAAACACCUUCAAACCCUCGAGACGCUUAUACUCAUCAACUCCAUGCCGUUGAAGGGCACCGACCCCCCAGGUACUGCCCAUCCCGUCGUGUCGUUACCAGCCCUCAGCAAGAUUACCCUCAUCGAUAAUCCAGAACCAUGCGCAUGGUUUUUGUCUCGUCUCGAGAUUCCAACGUCAGCGUGUGUUGCUUUGUGCUGCGACUCUGACACCGAUUACGACAGCUUCCCAUCCCUUCUUCGUCUUCUAUCCGCUCAUAGCACUCGAUUGAGCGAGUCACAGUCAGAGCCAGACCGUCUCAUUUCACUCUGCAUCGACAUCUAUUCGAAUCAGCUUUCGCCGGGGUGUUAUAUUCACGGUCUACACGUCAAGGCAUGGCGAUCUCCGCAUACCUUUUCUGACAUGCCCGAGAGCAUGCACACGACGAAGACCGACGCUUCCAUCGCAUUUUCCUUCGAGCUCGGACCAAGACUAGAGUCCUCCUUUGCGCUGUUGUACCACACUCUGCUCGAUUCGACGUUCGAUCUCCGCCACGUCCGUACACUACGUGUUGCUGAGCUCUAUCACUGCCGUUGGGCGAGCGAUUGGUUAGAGCUCCUCCCGAAGUUUCACAACCUCGAAUCUAUAUCUGUUGAAUGGAGCGCCGCGGAUCCAUUCAUUCGGACCCUCGCCGCGAACAAGCUCGGCCGCAAUUACUCUGAGUUUAUCGAUAAACCGAUUUGGUCUUACACCGGCUCCCCAUCCCCAAAGCUGGUCGGGCCAAACGCGCCUCCCAUCGUUCUUCCGAACCUCCAGCACAUCACACUCGCGGACACUUGCCUGGAUCCCGCCGACAGACCGGAAGGAUGGCUCGUUUACGAUGUCGUGUUGAGGACUUUGGCGGCAAGGAGGGCUUUACUGAGCGAUGGAAAAAAGUUGAGUCUGACGAUUCGCGGGUGUGUGAUCGAACCAGGCGCGGUCAGGAAGUUGUGGGAGGCUUUACCGGACGUGAGGUGGGAUGGAGAUGGAAGGCUAUGGGAGAGGUCACUCGAGUCGUCAGAUGAAUCGGAUUGGGGGUUUGAGGAUCAAGUGGAGAUCUAA